CGAGCUGUUAGGAUUGUGCGGGAGUCAGUGUGGGCAACCGCCACAAAAAUAAAAGUUCAGCACAUCUGAAAUUAUAACUUUUAAUGUAUUUCAUCAGACACCAGGCACAUCGGUGACCUGCAGGAACGUCCAAGACGGUCCUCAGCCCAGGGCCCCGGGCGCGCGUCCGCCGGCCUGCGGAGGGAGUCGCCCACGGCACCGCGCCCGGAGCUGCGGGAGCGCGAGCUGAGCCCGCGGCGAGGGCCCCGCUCGUCCCCUUCCUUCUCCCUGCCGCCUCUUCCUGGGGAGCUUCCUGACCAUCUCUGACGGUUAAAGGGGUGCCUCUCCCGCUUCCUGUCCCGCCCGCGUGACUUCAGGGGCCGCACGCCGGGGUACCGCACGCCGGGAGGCAGCGGCUGCCAGGAGACCCCGGGCCGCCCGCGCCCCGCGGGCCCGAACCGCGGAGCGCGCAUGCGCACGGCCCCGCUCCCAGCCCCCACCGCGCGCGCGCGCCCGACGCCCCCAACGCGGCCCGCCGGGCCAUGGCACCCGCCAAGGCCGGCGCGGCUCUGGCCCUCCCGUUCGCUCGCUCGGGCGCGUUACCCCCGUGAGGCCCGCGGGCGCUCGGCCCGGGCUCGGCGGCCGCCCGCCUUCGCCGCUCGGCCGGGCGCGCGCCGCGCCCCCGCGGCCGUUCCCCGCGCGUGCGCGCUCCGGCGGGUGCAUGCGCGCGAGUGUGUGCGCGGCCGAGGGCUGGGCCGCCGCCGCCGCCGACGAUGCCGCGGGGCCGCCCCCCGAAACCCAGGGAGAGCCAGGCGCGCGGCGACACCGAUGGAAUUUUAACAUUGAAUGCGGAGAACACUAAUUAUGCCUAUCAAGUUCCAAGCUUCCAUAAGUGUGAAAUCUGUCUGCUGUCUUUUCCAAAAGAGUCCCAGUUUCAACGCCACAUGAAGGACCACGAGCGAAAUGACAAGCCACAUCGAUGUGACCAGUGCCCCCAAACAUUUAAUGUUGAAUUCAACCUGACCCUUCAUAAGUGCACCCACAAUGGGGAGGACCCCACCUGUCCUGUGUGUAACAAGAAAUUCUCCAGAGUGGCGAGCCUCAAAGCGCACAUCAUGCUGCACGAGAAGGAAGAGAACCUCAUCUGCUCCGAGUGUGGGGACGAGUUCACACUGCAGAGCCAGCUGGCCGUGCACAUGGAGGAGCACCGGCAGGAGCUGGCAGGGCGGCGGGCCCGGGCCUGCAGGGCCUGCGGCGGUGAGUUCGAGACGCCGUCGCAGCUGAAGGAGCACAUGAAGACUCACUGCAAGACUAGGGUGUCAAGUACAAGGUCAUACAAUCGGAACAUUGACAGGAGUGGAUUCACAUACUCAUGCCCACACUGUGGAAAGACGUUUCAAAAGCCAAGUCAGUUAACUCGGCAUAUUAGGAUACAUACAGGUGAACGGCCAUUUAAAUGUAGUGAAUGUGGAAAAGCUUUUAACCAGAAGGGGGCCUUGCAGACGCACAUGGUUAAGCACACGGGUGAAAAGCCCCACGCCUGUGCCUUCUGUCCUGCUGCCUUUUCUCAGAAAGGGAACCUCCAGUCACACGUGCAGAGGGUUCACUCUGAGGUCAAGAACGGCCCUACAUAUAAUUGUACAGAAUGUAGCUGUGUAUUUAAAAGUUUAGGUAGCUUAAACACUCAUAUCAGCAAGAUGCAUAUGGGUGGGCCACAGAGUUCAGCAAGCUCUACAGAGACUGCUCACAUUUUAACGGCCACGCUGUUUCAGACUUUACCUCUUCAACAGACGGAAGCCCAAGUCACGUCAGCUUCGAGUGAGCAGAACUCGCAGGCAGUGACCGACGUCAUCCAGCAGCUCCUGGAGCUCUCGGAGCCGGGGCCCGGGGAGCCCAGCCAGGCCCCCCAGCCGGGCCAGCAGCUGAGCAUCACUGUGGGGGUCAGCCAGGACAUUCUGCAGCAAGCCUUAGAAAACAGUGGGCUGUCUUCAAUUCCAGCUGCAGCUCACCCGCGCGACUCCGGCCGUGCCAAGCCUUCUGUGGCUCAGGCUCAGCACCCAGACGCGCCCAACGUUCCAAGUGAGCAGACCGAGCCAGGCGCAGAGCCAGAAAAAGAACAGGAAGGCCAAGAGAAGCCGGAUAAGAAGGAAAAAAAGAUCAUAAAGAAGAAAUCACCAUUUCUACCUGGCUCAAUCCGCGAGGAGAAUGGCGUCCGAUGGCACGUGUGCCCCUACUGCACCAAGGGGUUCCGGAAGCCCAGUGACCUGGUUCGUCACAUCCGCAUUCACACCCAUGAGAAGCCCUUCAAGUGCCCACAGUGUUUCCGGGCCUUUGCGGUAAAGAGCACUCUGACCGCCCACAUCAAAACGCACACGGGCAUCAAGGCCUUCAAGUGCCAGUACUGCAUGAAGAGUUUUUCCACCUCGGGGAGCCUGAAAGUGCACAUCCGCCUCCACACAGGAGUCAGGCCUUUUGCUUGUCCUCACUGUGACAAAAAAUUUCGAACUUCAGGCCAUAGGAAGACUCACAUUGCUUCCCACUUUAAACACACGGAGUUAAGAAAGAUGAGGCAUCAGCGUAAACCUGCCAAGGUUCGUGUUGGCAAGGCAAAUGUUCCAGUCCCUGAUAUUCCUUUGCAAGAGCCAAUUCUUAUAACUGACGUAGGUCUUAUCCAGCCCAUUCCAAGAAACCAGUUUUUUCAAAGCUAUUUUAAUAAUAAUUUUGUAAAUGAAGCAGAUAGACCAUACAAGUGUUUUUACUGUCAUCGUGCAUAUAAAAAAUCUUGCCACCUUAAACAACACAUCAGAUCACAUACAGGUGAAAAGCCUUUUAAAUGUUCUCAGUGUGGAAGAGGCUUUGUUUCUGCAGGAGUGCUCAAAGCCCACAUCCGAACACACUCUGGACUAAAAUCUUUCAAGUGUCUGAUAUGUAAUGGAGCUUUCACUACUGGUGGUAGCUUACGGCGACAUAUGGGUAUCCAUAAUGACCUUCGUCCCUAUAUGUGUCCCUAUUGCCAGAAAACAUUUAAGACCUCACUAAAUUGCAAAAAGCACAUGAAAACCCAUAGAUACGAGCUUGCCCAGCAGCUCCAGCAGCACCAGCAAGCCGUCUCCGUGGACAGCAGUGCCGUGGACCAGCAGAGCAUGCACGUUUCCACGCAGAUGCAGGUGGAGAUCGAGAGCAACGAGCUGCAGCAGACUGCCGAGGCGGUCGCUGCAAACCCUGCGGCCAUGCUGGGCCUGGAGCCACAGCACGGCGUGGGCACCGGAGAGUCGGGACUUGGCCCGCAGUUGACAGAGCAGCCCUUGGAAGCAGAUGAAGAGAGGUUUGUGGCUCCACAGCAUGCACUGCAAGGGCACAUGGAUCACUUUGAGGAGCAGGCCCCUCCCCCGCAGCCCUUCGAACCGGCCGGCUUACCGCAGGGUUUUACAGUGACUGACACAUACAACCAACAGACUCAGUUUCCACCUGUCCAACAGUUACAAGAUUCUAGUACACUGGAAUCCCAGGCCCUCUCCACGAGCUUCCACCAGCAGAACUUGCUCCAGGUGCCCUGCUCUGAUACGGUUAAUGUAACAACUCGCUUGAUUCAAGAGUCAUCCCCAGAGGAACUAGACCUGCAGACUCAGCGGCCCCAGUUCCUGGAGGACGGGGAGGACCAGAGCCGGCGCUCCUACAGAUGUGACUACUGCCACAAAGGCUUCAAGAAGUCCAGCCACCUGAAGCAGCACGUGCGCUCACACACCGGGGAGAAGCCCUACAAGUGCAAGCUCUGUGGCCGUGGCUUUGUCUCCUCCGGGGUCCUCAAGUCCCACGAGAAGACACACACAGGAGUGAAGGCAUUCAGCUGCAGCGUCUGCCACGCAUCGUUCACGACCAACGGCAGCCUCACCAGGCACAUGGCGACGCACAUGAGCAUGAAGCCCUACAAAUGCCCGUUCUGUGCGCAGGGCUUCCGCACCACCGUCCACUGUAAGAAGCACAUGAAGAGGCAUGAGCCAGGGCCCUCCACUGGGCUGGCCAGCGGAGAGGCGGAAGGAGGAGAUGUGUGUGUGGAGGAAGAGGAAGAAAAUUCCGAAAGAAGCGCGUCUAGAAAGGCCCGUGCCGAGGUCAUCACCUUCACAGAGGAGGAGACCGCGCAGUUAGCCAAAAUCCGGCCACAGGAGAGUGCUAGCGUGUCCGAGCAGGUCCUCGUGCAGUCGGCCGCCGAGAAGGACCGCAUCAGCGAGAUGAAGGACCGGCACGCGGAGCUGGGGGCCGAGCCCAAGUACGCCAACUGCUGCUCCUUCUGCCCCAAGAGCUUCAAGAAGCCCAGCGACUUGGUGAGGCACGUCCGGAUCCACACUGGAGAAAAGCCAUACAAGUGCGAUGAGUGUGGGAAGAGCUUCACUGUCAAAUCCACUCUGGAUUGCCACGUGAAGACGCACACAGGUCAGAAACUCUUCAGCUGCCACGUGUGCAGCAAUGCCUUCUCCACGAAGGGAAGCCUGAAAGUGCACAUGCGUCUGCACACGGGAGCAAAGCCUUUCAAGUGUCCCCACUGCGAGUUACGCUUCCGUACGUCUGGACGGAGGAAGACUCACAUGCAAUUUCAUUACAAACCAGACCCAAAGAAAGCCAGGAAACCGGUGGCCCGAAGCUCACCAGAGGGUCUCCAGCCUGCCAGCCUCCUCAGCUCGUCCUCCGCGGACCCUAACGUGUUCAUCAUGAACAGCUCUGUGCUGACGGGACAGCUGGACCAGGGUCUGCUUCAGCAGGGGCUGGUGAGCCAGGCUCUGCUCCCCGCGCCCGUGGCAGCUGGUGGCGACUGGACCGUGUCCUUGACGGACGGAAGCGUGACCACUCUGGAAGGCAUACAGUUACAGUUAGCUGCCAACUUGCUUGGACCAAAUGUUCAAAUUUCUGGAAUCGAUGCCUCCAGCAUCAAUAACAUCACGUUACAGAUUGAUCCAAGUGUUUUGCAGCAAACAUUACAGCAGAGCAACUUGCUUGCUCAGCAGCUGACAGGGGAGCCUGGCCCGGCCCCACAGAAUGGCUCUGCUCAGGCAGCAGAUGGUACGGUCCCAGCCAGCGUUGUCAUCCAGCCCAUCUCAGGCCUGUCCUUACAGCCCACGGGGACAUCUGCCAACCUGACCAUAGGCCCGCUGUCUGAGCAGGACUCCGCACUGAGCUCCAGCAGCAAUGGGACCCAAGACCUCUCUCAAGCGAUGACCUCCCAAGGCCUGGUGUCUACCUCCAGUGGCCCCCAUGAGAUCACUCUGACCAUUAACAACUCCAGCCUGAGCCAGGUCUUGGCUCAGGCUGCGGGACCCACGGCCGCGUCGUCCUCCGGGCCUCCUCAGGAAAUCACCCUGACUAUCUCUGAACUUAAUACUACAACUGGGAGCCUUCCUUCCACCACCCCGAUGUCUCCAUCUGCCAUAUCUGCUCAGAACCUGGUCAUGUCUUCAUCAGGAGUGGGGGGAGAUGCCAGCGUCACACUGACCCUGGCUGACACUCAGGGCUUGCUCUCCGGGGGACUGGAUACAGUCACACUCAACAUCGCUUCUCAGGGCCAGCAAUUCCCAGCCCUACUCACAGACUCCUCCCUCUCCGGCCAAGGGGGUACAGGUUCACCUCAAGUCAUCUUCUUGAGUCACACCCCACAGCCAUCAUCUGCUUGUGAAGAAAUCACCUACCAGGUAGCUGACGUCCCUACCAGCCUGGUCCCGACUGGCCAACCCGAGAAGGAGGGCCGGCUGCACCAGUGCUUGGAGUGUGGCCGCACCUGCUCGUCGGCCGCUGUGCUCCUGCACCACAGCAGGGAGGUGCACGGCCGGGAGCGCAUCCACGUCUGCCCCAUGUGCCGGAAGGCCUUCAAGCGUGCCACUCACCUCAAGGAGCACAUGCAGACCCAUCAAGCUGGUCCUUCCUUAAGCUCUCAGAAGCCCAGGGUGUUUAAGUGUGACACUUGUGAGAAAGCGUUCGCCAAGCCGAGCCAGCUGGAGCGGCACAGCCGCAUCCAUACAGGAGAGCGGCCGUUCCCCUGCACCCUGUGCGAGAAGGCCUUCAAUCAGAAGAGCGCCCUGCAGGUGCACAUGAAGAAGCACACCGGGGAGCGGCCCUACAAGUGCGACUACUGCGUCAUGGGCUUCACGCAGAAGAGCAACAUGAAGCUCCACAUGAAGCGGGCCCACUGCCACACAGGAGCUUUGCAAGACUCUGCCAGCCACCAGGAGCAGGGAGGAGAGGAGCUGAGCCGGACCCUUCAGCUGGAGGAGGUGGUGCCGGAGUCGGCAAGCGAGUGGCAGGCCCUGGCCAAUGUGUUCUGACGCUGCCUGAUGGCACCUGGGGACCCCGUGUCUGCAGUACAUGUUGUGAAGAACAAAGCACUUGGGAUUUCUGUUUUUGAAGCUUCAAGUGUUAAAAAUGUUACCACAGUAGUUUUUAGCUAUAAAAUUAUCUAAAGAAUCGUCGUCUUUUAGAGACCUACAGGAAAAACUGGGGAAGACGUCAGUGCGGCGUCUCCUCUGUCUGCAAAUCCCUGAGCUCAGGUACUGCAGUGGGCGGGCCUCCUGCCCUGCGGCCAUGUGUCUGGUGUAAGAGAGGUUGACUGGAUCCUUCGGCCACUGUAGUGUGAUUUCUUUGUAUUAGCAAAGACAAAAAUAACAUGGAAAAGUUAAGAUAGAUUUUCCUUCAUGCUUUCUGUUAUAAGAAGCAUAGCUUAUAAAACAAACAUAAGAUAGGUGCGUGAAGUUCAGAAAAAAUACUAGAACACAGAGAAGUCUUUCCAUUUUUUUCUCUGUGCAUUUUGAAAUUAGAACUUGACUCUUUUUAGUCUACCAUAAGUUAAUAUAACUAAUUAUCUUGAGAGAUGGCUGGACCAAUUCUCUCUCCACUGCAGAUCACCUAGUCUUUAGUUAGAAGAAUGCAGCAUCUGGGGCAUAACCAAGGGCAGUUGUAACCCUGACAUACAGAUACGGACCCAGCUGUCUGCACUGGACGAUGCCACCCUCAUUUCAGAAAUCAGUAUUCAGGUACUUGGGUUAGAUUUUUUCAGAAAGCACAAGCCAUACAUUACAAAUAGGAAGAACAGAAUUGCCUCCUAGGAACAAAGUAACUACGGCCCUGCCCACCCAGUAAUUAAGAAUUAUAUAUGUAGUUUAAGGAUGAGAACCCAUACAAGCCCCAUGAUUUUCUCUUCAUGCAUAAGCAGGUGUAUUUUUUAUUUCAGGGAAUUCUUUGAUACCAUCAGUGGUGCCACAGUAAACUUGUCCCAGACCAGACCCCACCCCGUGCUGGGUCGGGGUGUGUGUGUCCCUACAGCAUUCCAAAGAUGGAAAGUUCUUUAUUUCAUGUGAAUUUCUCCUUUGAAAUUAUUUAUAUGUUCUAUAUAUAAAUACAUAUGUACAUAGUCAGAUAUAUGGGCCUCUGUGUGGCUGAACAGUAUAUUUUGUAAAUAUAAGCACUAGUCCUGGCUACAGAGCGAGAGCACCAGUGUCUCCCUCCCUCUGAGCACUUCAGAUCAGUAUUGUAUUCAUUUUCUUAAUAAAUGGAUAUCUUUUUCAUUGUAACAUAAAGCUGGGGUUGUUUUUUGUUCUCUUUUUGUUUUCCUGAAGAAUAAUUGCCUUUAUUUUCUCCCGUUGCCUCCCUGAUUUCAGAAGAGAGUGGUGUUGUUGUAACUGGCAUGUGGACUGUGUAUAUUAAGGGAGGAGCUCAUCUGGGAUUCCUAAAGAAAGAAACAUUUCACUCUUAUUUUUUGAGAGGGCAUCUUUGGAUUCAAAAUUUUUGUUGUUCACUUUGGCAUAUGUAUAUAAAUAAUAUUUGUGAUAUAAAAACUUGUUAUGUAAAAAUAUUUAAGUCAGAGAACUGUUAAAUAAUAUUUCUUUUUUCAAACUGCUUGUGUAUUGUAUAUUUUUUUAAGGAAAAAAGCCUUAUUUGACUUAUUCUUGUGAUACUGGAUUUAUUAUAUAUCCUGAAGUUUUCUUUGAAUGUCAGUGUGUAUACCUGGCUGUAGUUCAGUAUGUUCAGAAUAACUGUAAUUGUGCCAGAGUUUUAAAGGUUCUACUUCUAAUGCACUUUUCUUUUAUAAUUUUGUAUUUAAAAAUUUUAGAAAUAUUGAUGAAUUUUGGUGAGCAAAUAUCCCCAAAGUUGAAAUUACUAGAAUUAAAAAAAAAUUAUUUGUCCUUGCUAGGUUAUUUAUUUUGGUUGUAGCAUUAAAUAUCAUCUCAGGAGAGUCUCUAAAAGGGAUUUAAUUCCUAAUUGUACAGAAAGCAUAGUUUAGGGAAACUCUAUUGGUGACUGCCUGUUUAAGGCCUUACCAAGUGAAUCUAAAGCUAACUUUUAUUUUGGUUUAAAGAAAAGGAAAAAAAAAUCUAUUGAUCCAUUUUGUGAGUUUUCUUAAUUUAUUAGCAAACAUGAGACAUUAAUGUAUUAUUUCGAUUUAUUUCCUAAUUAUAAAAGUUGCUGCUUUGCAAAACAUUUCUUGAGGAUGUAAGGUUUUGUAAAGACAUGAUUUCACUUGAACCUUUGGUGGAGUACAGAUUGUUCUUUGUAUUUCACUCAUUGAUUAAAAAGUCUGAUGAGAUUUCUGGCCUCCUGCAUAAGCAGAGUGCUGAGGAUUAGAUAACUAUUUUUAGAAAUACCUCAUCAUAGCAUAUCUGCUUUGUAAUAAUAAUAAAAAGUGAAGCGAGGAAAUGUGAUUUUUUAAAAUAUUUAAUAUAGAAUCGUUUGGCACAUGAAUUAAUUUCAAGACAAUUUUUAACAGAAAAGAACUUCAAAUCAUAUUUUCUGGACCUCUGUGAAGUCCAGACGAUGAAGCUUAACCCUUGCAGAGUCUGUUUGAAGAGCUUCAUACCUUAAAAAUCAGGAUGGGGCCAAUGACAGGCAUGUCAUCUCUUUUAGCUACAUAUGUCAUUACUGUCAUUCUCAUAAUUGGCCAUGCUGAACAAUACCCUGAACAUUUAACUCCCUCUGAAUGUUCACGACUGUUGUUAGCCCACUUUUGUGGUAGAAUAACUGUGAAGCACUUAAACAGUGGAAAAGAUGGGUUACCUUUCCACAGACACUGCACUUAGAACUGGGCACUCCUGCGAUGGGGCGGCAGCUGGUACGCACAGGAUCCAGCCAUUAGGGAUGCACUAGUGGGCAUAUUUUCAUAGGCUAUAGAUUAAAAUAACAUCUUUUCAAAAUGUAAACUCAAAUGCUCCUACCCCCAAGCCCUCCUUUUCCCCCAAUUAACACUUGGGUGCUUGGACUGGAAGCAAGAAAAUCGUGCACGGAGUAGGGCCAACCUGCCGGCCUCCAGCUCCAGGUAGGCCCAUCCUCUGGCCGGUGGCAAGGCAGACGUGGAGGUGAUCCCAUCAUUCUAUCCAGCUUCCUUUCAUCUGUUUCCAGCAUUUAACCAGGGAAGGUUCCUUUGGUACCAUGUCGUGGGCUCUCUGGCCCUCUGUUGUUUGUUAAGGACAUGUGGACCUGAGCUUUACAGUCCCACCCGGGGUCCCCGACUUCGGCCGUGCUCCUACCCAUUCCAUGCAAGAGAUGCGCAUAGUAGUACAGGUGCAAGAUUCAAAAAGCAGUAGAUUUCUCUUCCAUGGAUUUUCCUCUUUGCGGAAGACUAUUUUCCCUUCAUCAAAAGUUAACUGAAGUUUUGAUCAUUAGUAUUUUAUCCCUUUUCUAAAAUCUAUUGUAUAAAGUGAGGCAGAGAUGAAAUGUAAUUGAUACCUUCUGAAUUGAGAUUUCUUCUUUUUGCCACUUAAUCUCUAUUCAUGUAAUGUGCGUUGGAGUUCUCAGAAUAGAAUUUCUAAAGUGCCUGACUACACACACGUUUGGGGUCUCUCUCUUUACCUUAUUCUGAAGAAAACUAGCUUUUUGCAAUCUAGUUACACCUUAUUUGUUUAAAAUGUGAGGACAGGCAUACUUUUUUAUAGGGUUGAGAAGCCCAGCAUACCCCUGGUGAAGAUGUUUUUUCUGCCUGGUAAGGUUGCUAAACCGAGGGCCUCAUUGUCCCUGUUGCUCUGAAGUGACCCCCUCCCUGCCCAGUGGCACCGCCGCAGAGACCCACACACACACCUUCACAUGGAGGUGCUGGUGGUGUAUUCGGGUGACCAGUAAUAUAUUUAAAGCACUAAACAAUAAAGAUCAAGUGGCAAUGUAAGAGGCAGGAGCAAUGGGCAGUAAUCAUUAAAGAUUGUGCUUUUUAACCUUUUUUAUGUGUAAAGCUUUACAGCAUGAAGAAUUGUGUAUUAAAAUCAAGAUUUGUAAUCUAGUUGACAAAUUCUAAAAUGACAAGUGAUUGAUUCAAGAUUCACCACUAGAGAAAAUUUUAAUUUUUUUUUAUUUACAGAAGAACUCUCUUUAAUCUUUAAAAUUGUUUCAUGGUCUAUUUAUACAUUGGAUGAUAUUUAUUUAAUCCAAUUUUGUAUUCAAAAUGGGAGUUAAUGCCAAAAGCCACUGUACUGGCUUUAAGAAUAAUAAAAAUAGUCUUUGUAUUAUCUUAAAACUCCUGUAUAUUUACUUAUUCCAGUUUGGGGUGAGUUACACCUAUUUAAAGAUGGACAUUUUUCACCAGGUGACGUUUUCAGUGUGGGUUCACACAGCAAGGAACAGAUGCCCCCGGCUUUGCACAGCGUAAGGGCACCUUCAUGCCUGAGGGCAUCUAAAGCUUUCUUGCUUCUCUCUGAGAGUGACUUGAAAAUGAAUCAUAAUGUCCACUUAUCUGUUCAUAAGAUUUAUGGGAAAUUGGACCUCCCCCGAAUACCAGUGGAGUUAGUUUACAUUAUAGCACCUAAUCCUUUUUAAAAGCAUUUUCAAACUUUUAGAAGCUCAUAGAUAGAGUUAGUAUCAACUUGAAAUAAGAAAUUGAGUGUGUUUUUUUCUUAGUCCACUUGUUCCCAUCUCAGAGCUGGGGACUUCAUUCAUUUUGGGGUUGGAAUAGCUAAAAUGAUUUUGAUUUUUCCCCAGACUCUGCUCAGAGGGGAUGGUAAGAAACUAUUUUGCCAUUCUUGCUUGUUUGUAGGAAGAAUGUUGCUCUAAUGGUUUGUAAAAUAUGAUGGGUGGGGAAGGAGGUGGUUGGGUUUUUUGAAUUAGCAGAUGAUGGAAGAUUUGUCCCCUCUUCAGUGGACUGCCUCAACGACUUACAGUGCUUCUCCAGAGUUUUCCAGAACAAGUGACUUGUGGUGUAAGAGUGUUCACAUUUAGACAUACCCAAAGGCGUGAGUUUACAAACUGCCUCGUGCCCUGGCCCAGCUGCCAACAGGGCCCCUGGAGCCCAGGCCCAGACGGUGCUGACGGGCUGGCUUCCUCGGGCCACUCCGCCUCCCUAGGCCUGUGCCCUGUGUCUGAAGUCGGCUGGUGAGUUUUAUCCCUUCCCACUCUGCAGCCUGGUUCUGUGCUCAGUGGCUGUGCUGUGCUGUGCUGGGAGACGGUUCCCCGUAGGCCUCUCGCUUCUGCCAGUCCUGCCAGCCAAGCACUACCUUCGCCCGCUGCCUUUCCCGGCUGUUUGGUAGGAACGGCCCUGGGAAAUCGUCCCCCAGCAGAGAGGCCUGCUGGCCGGCUGAGCAGCGCUGGGGCCCUUGCGGAGCACGAGAGGUCCUGCCGGCCGGGCCUCUGCAGCACGGCUUCCCAAGGGGCCGUGAGCGCCCCCGGGGCCUCGCGCUGCUGGCCCGCCCUUCUCAGUCAGCUUUCAUGGCUUGAAGUCAGGAACGAAACGGCCUUAGAGCUGAGAGGGCCCUGGCCGGUGCUGAUACAGGGGGCAGGGGUAGUUCUUGUACAAAUGCUUGUGGUCUUGACCUAGAAAUGCCUUCCUGGGGCAACUCAGCCCGGCCACCCUGUGAUGGCCUGUCAUGGGGGCAAGCGAGCGGAGGUGGCUGUGGCGGGACCCCAGCCGCCUGCGGGGCGAAGCUCACCUUCCGGGGGCCAGUGAGGGUGCCUCCUGAAAGCAACGUGCUUCUUGAAAGUGCAGAAUUGAUUGCACUUGCUAGGCAGAUGCUGCCAAAGCAAGCCGCUCCAGUGUCUAUGAACUAUCAUCCAUUGCACCCACCUGACCACCAGACUGCGUCCUCACCUCAGCCCUCUGUCCAGAGUCAGCUCCCUGGGUGCCCGGCGCCUCCCACUUGCAGCCCUUCCACCCCCUCCAGGGCCAGGCCUGCCCCGGCGACCAGGGGGACCUUCACAGUCCCAGCGGGAUUGAGCGGCACGCGGGAGCCCAGGCACACCGACAGGAUACCCUGGAAGCAUGACCGUCCGUGG